GGCUUUGAUUAGGUCAUUGAAAAAUCAAAAAAGUUUUUCCUGCACAAUGGUAAACGCUAUAGUUUGCAUAGGAAUCGUUUCAAAUGACGAUUACGAUAUGCUUCGAACGUUUAAGACUCUCAAAGCCGACGCAUUGAUCAAUUGUAAUCGCAGUCACGUUGUGUACGUUAAAGUAUUAUAUUAAACCGUACUGGUUUUUUUUUUAUUGUUGCAGCUGUCAUAUUGGAUACGCUAAAACCCCAAGAAUACGGUUUUCAAGACAUUAGCCUGUACGGAUUGAAUACAUUGAACGUGUUUUUCCGAGAGAACCAGCAGAAUCCCGAAACACAUCCGAUGGUAUUUGACAUGGUAACGAGGAUGUUCGAACUGUACUUUGCCGAGGACGUCGAUAGAAACAUCAACCAAAAUAUUCUAUUGGAUCUGUUGCAUUUCAUUAAAAACGCUAUAAUUCGUUACAACGACCAAGUCGAACUGUUUGUAAAAGCCAAAGGAAUAGAACACAUAUUAAGCGCUUUAACCAUUUCCAAAUAUCCCAUACAGCUCGUGAUUCUGACGACACUUGUAGAUUUGGCCGUAUUCAAAUCAGCCAAAUGUCACAUCAAGAAAUGGAAAUCUGCCAAGACGGGAAAGGGCUACCUGGAAUUAGUGUGUGAGAUUUGGAGACGCGAAAUAGUCCGGUUUAACUUUAUAGACGACGAGUUCGUGUUCCAGGAGCAGCGGGACGCGACCACGGCGAUAAACUUGGCCAGCCUGUGCAGCCCGGCGGUGGAGUCCAUGUUCAUGUGCGCACAGCCCAAAAUAUAUCUGCUCGUGCACCUGGUGGAGUUUGCCGAGUCGGAAAAAAAUCAUCGGUUGCAGGACCGGUACAGAGACAAACCCGACGACGACAUCGAGGAGAGCACGAUUCGGGCCUGCAGCCUGGUGCCCGAUCUCCAAGACAAGGCCACCUUGGCGCACAUUUACCACUAUUAUUCACUGAAACUCGGAGAGAUCUGGAACGAGAACGAUAUCGUCGCGAAGACCGGUGACGUCGACGGCGUGGAGUUGAUGUCCGCCAUAUCGCAGUCUGUCGAAGCCAUGGCGGGCCGGCACUCAUACUUGACCGCUUUGAUCACAAUGAUCAAAAGUCGUGUCGCUGACUUACACGCGGGCGAGUCGGUAAGUCACAAACGAUAUAAUAUUGUUGUACGGUAAAUCACGCGUGUGUGGCGAU